UAAGAAUAUCAAUGUCCAAUAACAAAAAUGAAGUAUUUAUAGAGGCAAGGCAAAGUUCAAGAUUAUUCUUCGUGUUUGAACGCAAAUCGUUCUACAUACUAUGCAAAAUCAAUCUGAACUUAUUCGAAACUUCAAAAUGUUCCCAAACACUUCAUUAUCCUUUGUCUCAUUUAUCUUUCAUUUAAUUUUGGUACAAUUAACUGGAAGCCAUAUUUACGAAGGAUUUUCUUCUGACGAACCAUUCGAAUUAUUUGGCAACCCAAUAAUAAAUGAGAGAGAAAUCGACCUCUUUGAAUUUCUACCUUUAAUAGUUCUCUCGGAAAACUUUACGUUCAAAAAGCGAAUUUUAUUCACUAAAUCUCAUAAAACAUUAGGAGUUCUCAGAGCUAAUGGUGAAAAUACAAGCAUCGAUGCGUCUCAAAUAAUACAACUACAUCACAUCGGCUUGAUAUCGGGACACAUCGUUAAAUUCAAUAUUGUCCAACAAAAUUUACAGUUAAAAAAUCAGGAUUCAAAUUCAAAACCAGUGCUUCAAAAUUUCUGAAAAAUUAUUCAAAACAAAUCACGAUAUACGCUCCGUGUCCAACCUGGAUGAUUGGUUUUAUCGUACGAAAAGUGUAAUAUUUGAUUUCUACACGUGGUACCAAAGCGAAAUGGAAGCCAUUCUAAGUGUAAAGAACCGACAUCUCAUGAUCGUGAAGGUAAUUGCGACACAUCUAAAUCUAAGUUUUACUUCGUGCGGGUCAUCACAAUUUCCCGAAAAUAGAGACGAUCGAGACAUUGACUUUGCAAUUUCGUCGUACGACCUGCAAAGACAGAAAAUUGACAGCGCCCUUCUGAUCCAUUCUAGGGAGAAGUUUGUGAUUUCAUUCGCUGCCGUAAAAACAAAUGAUUUUGCGGCAAUGUUAGUCGCUCUAAUCAGACCUGUCGGAUGGCGUGUGUUUGCAUGCUCUGCCGGUUUAAUAUUAAGCAUAACACUACUUCUUGGAGUGUAUAACAAAGUUAAAAUGUACAGUAAAAGAACCAACGAAAUAAGAAAACCUCAAUAUCUCACAAUACCAAAAAGCGGGACGUUUGAAGCAUUAAAAACGCAAAAAUUUGAAUUUCAAACAUCACCUCGUUCAAAUGUCCGAAACACAGUCCAAUACUCGACUAUUUCUCGAAUAACUCUAAUACUAUUCCGCGCUCAUAUCGACCAGUGCACCAGUUCUGGCAUGGUACGAAAAAUCUUCACGCGAGACCAAAUUGACCUCCAAUUCCUUUACGUGAUUUGGCUCUUUUAUUGCCUCCUGAUCGCAACGACCUACAAGAGCAACCUUGUACAGCAACUUCUCUCCCCGACAUCGACCCUGAGCGCGUGCACCUUCUCUGAAUUGCUACAAGAUGAUCGUCCAAUCGUCGGUUUUGGGGGUCGACGGCCAGGCGAAUAUCCUCUCCUGUUAGAAAUCAUUUCUACAGAAGCAGCCAAGUUCCAGGGUUCGGAAAGAGGUCGAAUUCUGACCCAACUUAUACAACGGUACGAACCAACGGAGGGGAGAAGACCGGAUUUAGCGCUAAGCGGGAAAAUCAAUGUUCUCGAAGAUGAAGCCAUCAUUACCGGGAUGCUCGCCCUAAUGAGGAAUCGUUACAGUGUCAAUCACUACGGGAAGGGAAAAGAUGCCAUUGUCAACGAAGAGUUUUGGAGUGUCAAAUACGGUCAUUACACUAACGACAUUGCAAAUGUAAUUGGGCGUUUAGUUAAUGGCGGGAUUACCGAUUUGUUCCGAUUACACCAAGAAGUCAUGGAAUAUGCAAUUGGCGAAAUUCUGCUCAAAGUUUACUUCGCCUCAUUCGUUGCGGACCAAAGUUCGGACGAGGACUACAACGACGACGCUGACGAUGGUGGGAUUCAGCAUAGAGAUCCCUUACGAAAAGAUAUGAAGCGCUUUCAACGCAUAAAGUCAAGAGUGGGUCGGUUAACGAUUGACCUUCCCGUGGGUCCUGUUCCCUUGACGACGGCACAUUUCCAAAUUUUAUGGAUACUAUUGAAUUCUGGCGUCCUCUUGGCUGGGCUGGUUUGGCUGAUUGAAAUUAGAACUGAUUUACUCAACAUUGUUUAUUCAGUCUUCAGAAGGAAAAUUUAUCGUAAGAUAACCCUAGUUGAGCCGGCAAACAAAUUGUAAAUAAAUUGUAAUUGAUAUUACCGUUAA